AUGAAGAGCAUGAAGAGCAUGAAGAGCAUGAAGAGUCUCAAGCAACCGAAGCUAUGCAGGAGAGACUUCCUCAAGCUGAAGAAUAUGUUUGAUGAGCUCGACACGGACAAGAACGGAUCCCUAGACUCGGGCGAGUUUGCUGUCUUCAUCCGCAAGAUGGGCAUCAUGGUAUCCCAUGAGAGCAUUGAUAAGAAUCACGACGGCGUCAUCGACUUCAAGGAGAUGCUUCAGUUCGUAUAUCCUGAUGCAAGCCCCUCGGCCAUUCAGAGCAUCUGCCGGGAGCACGAAGCUGACGACAAAGACCAGGACAGUUCGUCCAGCGAUAGUCUUCUUCAAUCGCAGCUCGACGAGAUCAAACAGCUCUUUGAGUUUCACGCGCGCGGCGAGAGGACCAUCACGCGGAAGGGACUGAUCAAGGCGAUGGUGUUCCCCGGAGGAUACACCGAAGAAGAGGUGGUGAAGAUCUUGGAGGAGUUCGAUGCGGACGGGGACGGGGAGCUGAGCUUGGAGGAGUACACGGAGAUGAUGAAGAUAGCGUACAAGAUCUGCAACAAGUGCAUGUGCACGAGGUCACUUAGCAUUGGUCAUUGCCCGGACUGUCAACGGCAGAAAAUUGGAACUAACGGACUGUGA